UCGUUGAGGCAGUUGCUUGCCUGGUGUAUCUGGCAGCAGCAAGGCUCACAUCUACGCAUAUACACAACCCGAGGAGGAGCAAGCGAGGCCGGCAAACGUCCGCAGGAAACUCAGUCUCACACCGACGCCAGACACACACGACGACGCGGUCAUGGCGCCUAUCAUGGCGGCAGUGGUAUUUCUGGCAGCAGUAACGGCUGCAAGUGGCUUCAUUGCUCCCCUAGCUGGCCGCCACCAUGCACCGCUGGCACGAUCCUAUGCAAAGGCUGCCCUCCAGAUGUCAACGGAGGGAGGGGACGACAAACCUUUCGUCUUCCCCAGGAGCAUGCUGAAGAAGGGAAAGUUGGAGAUCCCCAAUUAUAUGGGCGUCGGUACCAUGGCUUGGGGGGACAAGAAAGUAGGGUUCGUGAGCGAUCCCAAGUGCAAGCCGAAGGAGGGCGAGUUCAACCCGGCGGACCUUCAGGGGGCGUACAAUACCCUGAUGGAUGCCGGGAUAACCUUUUUCGACACAUCGGACGUGUACGGGUACAAAUCGUCUCCGGAAGGUUUCAGCGCGGAGCAACUUUUGGGGAGAUUUGCGGAGGAAAACGGUCGUCCCUUGAUCGGGGCAAAAUACAUGCCGAUAUUUUGGACCAAGUUUCUGAUCGGCGGGCCGUGGAGGGCGGGGCGACGAGCGAUCGCCAAGGCCUUGACGGCCACGCUGGAGAAGGGGGGCUGGGCAUACGUAGAUCUGUACCAGGUGCAUUUUCCGUUCCCGUACUUUGGAGGAAUGGAUGCUCUGGCUGAAGGGAUGUCCAGGGUUUGCGAUCGAGGCCUGUGCCGCUCGGUGGGAGUGUCCAACUUCAAUGCCCAGCAGAUGCGCGAAUUCUCCGAGAAGCUGGGCAAGCACGGCAUCACCCUUGCCUCCAACCAGUUCGAGUACUCUCUGGUUAACCGAGACGCUGAGACAGACGGAACGCUCGCCGAGUGCAAGAGGCUGGGUGUCGUGCCUCUCGGGCACACCCCGCUGGCGAAGGGAUUGGCAACCGGCGUUUACACGGCGUCUAACCCGACUGGUGGAAAGAUGGGGACUCCCAAGUAUCUUUUUAAGGACCUGUUGCCUGUGACUCCCGUUCACACGGCUUUGGCCACGGUGGCGAAGCGAGUAGAAGGACGCUUGGCGGAGGAGGCGAAGGAAGAACAGAGGAGAGCCUUCGAGGCGCUAGAAGACGGAGAAGAGCAGGCACCGCCCCCGCAGCUCAAGAAGAUCAGCACAACGCAAGUCGCUAUUAACUACGUCAGAGCGAAGGGCGUCGUUCCGCUGCCUGGAGUGAAGACAAAGGCACAUGCGGACGAGAUAGUGGGGUGCUUGGGCUGGUCGCUGCUGCCGGAGGAUGUGGCCAUUCUUGAGGCGGCGCAUGACGAGUACAAGGUCAGCACCGGGGGGAAAACAAUACAGCGCGGGAAAGACCGAGAUCCUAUGAAGCGACAGGCGAUAUCAUUUGGACAAAAGAGCGGGGGGUGGGCAUCGCAGGACUGGUACAAAGAGGAGGACUAGGCGCUAUGUAGGAAAUGCGUGCACUUCCCCCCCCCUGUCCGCUCACAGCAGUACGCGACUCCUUUACGGGCAGAAUGCAGCCAGGAUAUGUCGUUGUUGGAUAGAUCGCCUCAGCAGACCCAGCCUUCAGGAGGGUGGGGUGUGGUUGUAACGUGGUGUGUGUGGUAAGAGUUUGCGCACACGGCCGUUAUCCGCCCAACGCGAACUCUUCUGUGCCGUGGUGAGUGCAGGCUGUAAUGCACGUUCAUCUCGCUGUCAGGAGAAGAAGGAAGGCAUGUUUGGGAGGAAGGACGGUCUAGUCUACAGCUCUAUUCACUUUUACGACCGACCCUGCCCUUGAAGACAGCUCGCAACACAUAGAUUCUUUAGGUAUGUCUAAUAAUAGAUGGUGCGCGCCGUUCCGAACGUGCGUUUUGUCAGACCGCGGCAAGUUGCCGUGUCAUGUUAUCCGCCACUAGUCGUUGUCGCGGGGGGGGGCAUUGAUGGGUGAUGUUUUUUGGAAGGGUGUGGGUUGGAUCUUCGGGGGGUCGGUCAAGUUGUAAGAAGGAUAAGUACGACAGUGAUUUGCCCCGUGUUUGACAAUUACCGUUGUUCAAACGAAAAUUGUCGUGAAAUGUGCAUGCUGAUAAGUGUUCGGUUGAUGGGGUGUUGUAGGCCUGGGUAUGACUGCUGUCUUACGUGUUGACUCCAUGUGCUGUGGUAAACGGAGUAUGGAUUAUGGAAGGCGCUCUCUUUUGAUACCUGCCCCUAUGUCCGGGGCUAAUUUCCAUUCCGCGUUAUCAAACACACCGGAAAACUGUUUCAAAGCCAAGCGCAGAGUAUCGCUGUCGUUUCUUUUGAACGC